AUGUGUGUCCUCGGUGCCCUCGGUUAUCGAUUGUUGGAUAAGCUGUACGCUUUCACUAGAACCCGCGUAAAGCUCGAUUUAGGAAAUGUCAAACACGACACCUUGUAUACUCCUGGUGUAUCGGAGAAGGAACAACAGCAGCACGGUGAACAUCGAGUAAGGAUCCAACUUCCUGGAUCACCAACAGUGAUCUCUCCUGGUUCUCAUUCUUCUCAGCCCCAUCCUUCUGCUCCUGACGCCCAACGUCAUGAUGAACAUCCCCCACCCACAGCAACUGUGAAACAGAGUUUCGCGUCUUCUUCUGCAGCUUUUGGCCUUAGUAUCUUCUUCGACAUCGUCCUAUUGGUAUUGAUCAUGCAGAUAAAACAAGAUAUUUCAACCAUAAAGGUUCACGUGUUUGAAAACAUGUGA